UCAGUCGAAGACAUGGAUUGCAUGAAGGCGGUAAUUAUCGGUGCGGUGCUGUGUGUCGCGGCGGCGGAGCGGCGCUUUCCCGACGGCUUCAAGUUCGGCAUCGCCACCUCCUCCUACCAGAUUGAGGGCGGGUGGAACGCCAGCGACAAGGGCGAGAGCAUCUGGGACCGGUUCGUGCACUCCAGGCCCGAGGCCAUCGGCGACCGGAGCAACGGCGACGUGGCCUGCGACUCCUACCACAAGUGGAGGGAUGAUAUUCAGCUGCUCGAGGACCUUAAUGUAGACUUCUACAGAUUCUCGAUAUCCUGGUCGCGGGUGCUGCCGACCGGUUUCCCGAACCGCGUGAGCGAGGACGGCGCGCGGUACUACGGCGACCUGAUCGACGGACUGCUGGAGAAAGGCAUUGAGCCCAUGGUGACCUUAUAUCACUGGGAUCUGCCUCAACCUCUCCAGGACUUGGGAGGCUGGACCAACCCGCUGAUCUCGGAGUGGUUCGCGGACUACGCCCGUGUGAUCUACGACCUGUACGGGGACCGCGUCAGGACCUGGGUCACCAUCAACGAGCCCACAGUCAUCUGCGACAUUGGGUACACUGGCUACCUUGCUCCAGGGCUGGAGUCCGAGGGGCGCGGGUCGUAUCUGUGCACGAAGCAUGUGCUGCUCGCGCACGCGAAGGCCUACAGGCUAUACGAGAAAGAGUUCAAGCCUAAAUAUCAAGGGCAGGUGUCGCUGACCAACCACAUGAUGUGGUUCGAGCCUGAGACGGAAGCGGACACCGAGCUCACGGAACUCGUUAAAGCCAUUUCGAUCGAUCGGUACUGUUACCCCAUCUUCUCGUUGUCGGGGGGCUGGCCGCCGGCGCUGGAGCGCUACAUGGCGCAGAAGAGCGCACAAGAAGGCGAGCCGCGCUCCAGGCUGCCCGCCUUCACGCAGGAGGAGAUCCAGCUGGUUAGGGGAUCAUACGAUUACCUCGGUCUGAAUCACUACACGACGCGCACGGUGCGGCGCGCCGCCGCGGGCGAGGAGGUCGGCACUUAUCUGUUCGAGGGGUUCGAGGAGCUCGGCGUCGCGCUCGGCGCCAGGCCGGAGUGGCCCCCCACCAUGUCUCACUGGUUCAUGGUGAGCACGUUGUACUACACGACGCGCACGGUGCGCCGCGCCGCCGCGGGCGAGGAGGUCGGCACUUAUCUGUUCGAGGGGUUCGAGGAGCUCGGCGUCGCGCUCGGCGCCAGGCCGGAGUGGCCCCCCACCAUGUCUCACUGGUUCAUGGUGAGCACGUUGUACUACACGACGCGCACGGUGCGCCGCGCCGCCGCGGGCGAGGAGGUCGGCACUUAUCUGUUCGAGGGGUUCGAGGAGCUCGGCGUCGCGCUCGGCGCCAGGCCGGAGUGGCCCCCCACCAUGUCUCACUGGUUCAUGGUGAGCACGUUGUACUACACGACGCGCACGGUGCGCCGCCGCCGCCGCGGGCGAGGAGCACGUUGUACUACACGACGCGCACGGUGCGCCGCCGCCGCCGCGGGCGAGGAGGUCGGCACUUAUCUGUUCGAGGGGUUCGAGGAGCUCGGCGUCGCGCUCGGCGCCAGGCCGGAGUGGCCCCCCACCAUGUCUCACUGGUUCAUGGUGAGCACGUUGUACUACACGACGCGCACGGUGCGCCGCCGCCGCCGCGGGCGAGGAGCACGUUGUACUACACGACGCGCACGGUGCGCCGCCGCCGCCGCGGGCGAGGAGGUCGGCACUUAUCUGUUCGAGGGGUUCGAGGAGCUCGGCGUCGCGCUCGGCGCCAGGCCGGAGUGGCCCCCCACCAUGUUUCACUGGUUCAUGGUGAGCACGUUGUACUACACGACGCGCACGGUGCGCCGCGCCGCCGCGGGCGAGGAGGUCGGCACUUAUCUGUUCGAGGGGUUCGAGGAGCUCGGCGUCGCGCUCGGCGCCAGGCCGGAGUGGCCCCCCACCAUGUCUCACUGGUUCAUGGUGAGCACGUUGUACUACACGACGCGCACGGUGCGCCGCCGCCGCCGCGGGCGAGGAGCACGUUGUACUACACGACGCGCACGGUGCGCCGCCGCCGCCGCGGGCGAGGAGGUCGGCACUUAUCUGUUCGAGGGGUUCGAGGAGCUCGGCGUCGCGCUCGGCGCCAGGCCGGAGUGGCCCCCCACCAUGUCUCACUGGUUCAUGGUGAGCACGUUGUACUACACGACGCGCACGGUGCGCCGCCGCCGCCGCGGGCGAGGAGCACGUUGUACUACACGACGCGCACGGUGCGCCGCCGCCGCCGCGGGCGAGGAGGUCGGCACUUAUCUGUUCGAGGGGUUCGAGGAGCUCGGCGUCGCGCUCGGCGCCAGGCCGGAGUGGCCCCCCACCAUGUUUCACUGGUUCAUGGUGAGCACGUUGUACUACACGACGCGCACGGUGCGCCGCGCCGCCGCGGGCGAGGAGGUCGGCACUUAUCUGUUCGAGGGGUUCGAGGAGCUCGGCGUCGCGCUCGGCGCCAGGCCGGAGUGGCCCCCCACCAUGUCUCACUGGUUCAUGGUGAGCACGUUGUACUACACGACGCGCACGGUGCGCCGCCGCCGCCGCGGGCGAGGAGCACGUUGUACUACACGACGCGCACGGUGCGCCGCCGCCGCCGCGGGCGAGGAGGUCGGCACUUAUCUGUUCGAGGGGUUCGAGGAGCUCGGCGUCGCGCUCGGCGCCAGGCCGGAGUGGCCCCCCACCAUGUCUCACUGGUUCAUGGUGAGCACGUUGUACUACACGACGCGCACGGUGCGCCGCGCCGCCGCGGGCGAGGAGGUCGGCACUUAUCUGUUCGAGGGGUUCGAGGAGCUCGGCGUCGCGCUCGGCGCCAGGCCGGAGUGGCCCCCCACCAUGUCUCACUGGUUCAUGGUGAGCACGUUGUACUACACGACGCGCACGGUGCGCCGCGCCGCCGCGGGCGAGGAGGUCGGCACUUAUCUGUUCGAGGGGUUCGAGGAGCUCGGCGUCGCGCUCGGCGCCAGGCCGGAGUGGCCCCCCACCAUGUCUCACUGGUUCAUGGUGCACCCCCCGGGUUUCCGCGCCCUGCUCUCCUACAUGAAGCAGCAGUACGGAGACGUGGGUAUCUUCAUCAUGGAGAAUGGGCUGUCCGACGCCGGGACGGAGCUGGACGACCAGCCCCGGGUUGACUACUAUAGGGACUACUUGGAGCAGGUGCUGCUGGCCAUGGAAGAGGACGGAGUGAGCGUGGUGGGUUACACCGCGUGGUCGCUCAUGGACAACUUCGAGUGGAUGGACGGAUACCAGUCUCGCUUCGGGCUGCACCACGUGGACUUCACGUCGCCCGCGCGCACGCGCACAGCGCGGCGCUCGGCCAAGUACUACGCGGCCGUCGCGCGCACCAAGGACGUCGACGCGGAAUACCAGUUCGACAAGAUGCAGGGGCGCGUGUACCCGCGGGCCGAGGGGGUCGAGGGGGCCGAGGGGGCCGCGGGGGCCGAGGGGGCCGCGGCGCGGGGCGGCGGGCUGCGGGGGGCGGCGCAAGCCUCCGCCGGCUCCCAGUUUUGGGUGCCUCAGUGGCGCCCCAGUUUUUUUUUUGUGGUGUUACUGUUACCUACUAGACAUAAUUUAAUUUAA